AUGCGCAGCCCCGCCCUCGCGGAGCCCACAUCAGGGACGGUUAGAUGGCCUCUCCGCUCCAGCCCGUUGGGACACUGCUGGGUCUCCCCGCUUUCGUCGGCUCCUCCUCCAAGCCCCCAAUCAUGGUCGCUGUGGCCAGCCUGCCCUCUCGCCCUCCGUGUAGAUGCCAGCCAGGACGGGGUCCCAGACGCAUCCCUAGAGACCUCCUGGUUGUGCGAGUGGUCACCAACCACCGCAGGAGCCACCCUGACGCUGCGGGGCCAGAGCCAGCCCUGGGGCCUCGAGACCCCAGGCCCCCAGUCUGCACCUCCCCGCAGCAGGCCCCCCAGUGCAAUCAGAGGCAGAAAGGGAGGUUAGCGGUUGCUCCACUCACGGCAGAGUCACCCACUGGGCCUGACGCCCAGCCAGUUUCUGCCGCCGGGACAGAUUUCAUGAGAGACUUUGCCGAACUCGCAGUUCCCCGGGCCUGGAGAGUUCUGCCGUGAGAACAUGAAGUCUCCGAGGCCUCAGAUGGCUCAGGCAGGGCCCUUCCACCUGACGACGCCCCUGCAGGCCGGCCCCGUGCCUGGACGUCCGGGGGAUGGGCAGCGGACGCUCCUCGAGGGCCGGGGCUGCUCCCAGCAGUGCGCGGACAGGAGGGACCAAGGUCCUUGGCCUCUGGGACCUGAUAUCACAGGCGUGGGUCCACAGCGGGCUGUCCCCGAGGGGAGGAGGGCCCGGCCCCGCCCUGCCCAGCGGCAGAGCUCGGAGGAGCCCCCACUGGCUUUGGGGGCAGAAGGCAGUGGCAGUGAGGCAUUAAAGGGGGCAGUCUGGCCCCCCACCUUGUCCUCUCUCUGCGCUGCUCCCCCGUCGGGGUCACGGCCUCAUGCUCCCCAAGAUCCUGCCGAUUCUCUCCCCCACCUGGCUCACUGCCAGCCUCACCCGAACCCACACCUUCCUGCUCCCUCUGGCCGCGUUAGCCCUGACCUCUCCAGCUCCAUCUUGUCCCCUACCAUCUUCUGUGUGUCUGUAGGGUGCUGGCCAUCCCGCAAGCUCAUCCUCCCCACCCCCCACCCAGACUCUCUCUACUUGUGGCUCCUUUGGGAAACUGAAGGGCUGCCACUUGGCAAAACUCUCAAGCAAAAAAUAAAGAAGCACAAAUAUUUGUUCGGAAAAACCAAACAGCUCCAGCGGAAGUAGGGCCUGAACUGAGAAGCCACGACUGCCUCAGGGGACAGCCACUCAUCCUCACCAGUAGGAAGAAAAGUAAAAUGUGAUCACUAUUUGGUAUAAAGAAGAAUCAACUUAUUCAAGGAGUGCCAAAUAAAAUGAACAU